AUGAACGCCAACCAGACGGGUGAGGAUGUACCUCACCCGCGCUCUCCGUCACCGCCCGAGUUGAAGACCUCCACGCUCACGUCCAACCACAUCCCCCACUUGGGGCUGCCGCCACACAAGUAUGAUCCCGCCAUCCAGUCCUACCUGUACUUGAUCGGCAAGGAGGGGUCGGAGGCAGACGCCGAGGGCUGGGAGAGGAGUAUCGAACUGGGAAUCGCGCGCUUGCGUACCGAGUUGAGCUUCCCCUACAUCAUUCAUUCGGGCCGUUCCGAACCAUUUGACCCCAAGGCCUAUCUCUACCUGGUUGGCGCGGAGAAUCCGACAAAGGACGGAAAAGACUUCAGUGCAGGGAUGGCAGCCGGCGUAGAACGCCUCCGCGAUGCACGAGCCCGUGCCUACGGACUGUUCUUUGUGGGAUCCCCCAGUAAGAAGGCAAUGAAGUCAUGUCCCAACUUCCCUUGGCUAUGGGGUUUGACGCAUGCUGAGGUUCUUGCGGCGUCCGAGGCUACGAAGAUCCGCUAUCCUCGAGAUCAGCUAUACACGGGCCCUGUCACCGCUACGCUUGCCUUUGAUUCCACCUUUAUGGUUCUGGGCAACGUCCGUGUGCCGCUUCCAGAGGGUCUCGUUGGCGCCAACAACGCCCAAUGGCUCGAUGUCAUUGCGUUUCUGUACUCGACGGUGCAUCCAGCUUGGGUCAAGACCAACUUUGCAGAUGAUAAAAUCUGGCCUAAGGAUGGCGCGGUUCGGCGAUUCCGCGAUGAUAUUGUUUGGAACUCGCGGACUGGUUUUGGCUGCCGCCCAGCCUCCAGCCAGGGUCACCUAGACUGGGAAGAUGCGAUUGACCAGGGUGAUUUUGAGGAUGUUAUUUAG